ACCUGUCAUUUGGACCGGGUGGUGAGGUUUUUAGUUCCUAGAGCCGGAGACAAUUAGCUGUCUCAACGAAGUUAAAGCUAAUUCACCUCUGUUUAACUCCAAGGACUCUUAUUUAACAUUGAAUCAUGGCGGUGAACACGGGCACCUCUCUAGUGCUAUCCAGUCUGCUGUCAGUGCUGGUAUUUGCUGGGAUGCAGAUGUUCAGUAAGCAGCUGGGAUCUACUGAGUGGCUCACCAUCCUGGGAGGUUUCCUGGGCUCAGUCCUCUUCAUCUGCUCCCUCACUGCAUUUAAUAAUCUGGAAAAUCUGAUUUUUGGGAAGGGAUUCCAAGCCAAGAUAUUCCCAGAGAUUCUGUUGUGCCUGUGCCUGUCACUGUUUGCCUCUGGUCUGGUACACCGAGUCUGUGUCACCACAUGCCUGAUAUUCUCCCUCUUCGCGCUGUACUACAUCAACAAAGUAUCUGCCGCUCUCUACCAAGCAGCUGUUCCCGCAGUAACACCAGCCAAGGCUGCCAGCAAGGGCAAGAGGAAGAACUGAUAAAUCUUUUGGAUCCCACUUGCAUCCAGUUAAUCAGUCAAUAUUAUCCAGGUGUCGAUGGCCAGUGCAACACAGCAGUUGCAUAUUUUGUCACAAUAAUUUCUAACUCGAAGUCAUGAUCCUUGGUGUAUUUCCUCAGGCUUUUAAUAAAAUGGUUUGGGAAUAUUACUCAGAAAGUAAUAAUCAGUUCAGUGACUACAAGUUUGUAACCUUUAUAAUGACAUUGUUAUUUCUUUACAGUGAUCUUGAAUUUGAAUCAUGGAGAAAUGUCCCCGCUAUAUGUAAGGCCAUAAAAAAAAGCUAAACAGUUAUGUACAUUCCACUGAUAACCUUUUCCUAAGCACUCUUUUUUUACACUGGUUGCAACGAGAUUCAUACAUCCCAUCAUGUUAUUUGUGUAUUCAUCGGCACAUCAAGUUGCUUUUUUGUUUAAUUCAUUUUGUAAUUAAACACUAUAAAAGA